GCCAUCGAUCGGCCAUUCCAUCCAAGCAGCGCCUCCGUCUUCCUCUCCCAGGAUUCACACAAUGGCUCGAAAAUCGCUGAUCCUGUGCGCGCUAGCCCUGCUUAUCGUCUCAUCCAGCGCGAGUGAACACGAUCGCCAUGAGCGCCACGACCGUGGCGACGAAGAAGGCGACCAUCACAAGCAAGCGACCAGUCCUUUCGUGCUCAAGGAACCCGUACAGGUGGUGAGUACGGAAGCCGGGGAUAUCCAAGUUCUUCCCGGUCCCAAAGAGCUGGGAGCCCUUGCAGAGAACCACAUUGGUCUCAGCAUCAUCACCAUCGAGCCCAAGGGCCUUUUGCUUCCACAGUACCUCGAUGCCUCUUGCGUGCUUUACGUCCACAAAGGACGAAUGACUUUGGGAUGGGCCGAGCAAGACUACCUUAACCGGCAGGACUUAGAGACUGGAGAUAUCUACGCUCUCCCGGGUGGUUUCGUGUUCUACGUCCUCAACACCGACGAGGGACAGAGGCUGCGUCUGUAUGGGAUGUGUGACACAUCCGAGAGCCUCGAUGCUGGACACUUCCAAUCGUUUUUCGUUGGUGGUGGAGUUGAUCCUCGAACGAUUCUCUCGGGAUUUCGUAAGGAGGCCGUCGCUGCUGCUUUGAAGGUGGCUCCCGAGGAUGUUUCAGAGAUCCUGGGCUCCCAAACCGAAGGUCCCAUUGUCUACACAUCACGGGCUGGAUAUGAUUUCUUGAAGGGAGACUCGGCCGCUUCAAAUGCUCGUGGUGACGCGCCUAAGCCGUUCAACUUGCUCAAGAAAGCUCCCGACUUUAAGAACGAGAACGGCUGGACGAUCGCUGUCCAUGGCGCGGAAUUCAGUCCCUUGAAAGAGGCGGACGUCGGAGUUUUCGCAGUCAGCUUGAAGCCAGGAGCUAUGCUCGCACCGCACUGGAAUCCCAGAGCUGCCGAGGUAGCCUUCAUCACCAAGGGCAACGGAAGGAUCCAAGUCUCAUACCCGAAUGGAACCAACGCGCUCGACAAGGAACUGGACGAGAGCAAGGUGGUGUUCGUCCCUCGCUACUUCCCGAUGUGCCAAAUCGCUUCCCGGAAUGGUGAUUUCGAGUUCGUUGGAUUCAGCACAUCGUCUCGGCGGAACCGUCCACAGUUCUUGGCAGGUCUGAUAGUGUUUCACGUAGUUCUUGGCCUCAAAAGAUCGUUCUUAUCUUUCGCAGGAUCCAACUCCGUGUUUAAGGCUUUCAGCAAGGACAUCAUGUCCAAGACUUUCAACGUCGACGCAAAGCGCUUGGAAGCCGUGCUCGAUAACCAGCGCGACGCGGUGAUCCUGCCUGGUUUCAUCGAGGAAGAUGGCAAGCGGAGCUCUGCAAUGUAAAAAGUUUUGUGUGAAUCAAUCAAAGUGAGAACUUUUCCAAGCC